CAAGUUGCUCCGUGCACUUCCCGCGUCUGGACCUCAGGCAGCUGCAGACACACGAGCACCACCAGACUCGACACUCAUAUUGCCGCUCAUCAUCAGCUGAAGGACUGAGGGCCCCAUCAAUCACAUGACUCCAGCAACAUGUCGCAGCAGACAUCCGACCAGCUGUCACGCUAUCGCUGGGCGGGCUUCCUCGUGGCCACCGCCGCAGGACUCUACGUCUCGAGACGACUAUACCACUCGUACACACAGCUGCCUGCCACCACUCUUCGAAGAAGCAACGCCGUGCACAGAAACCGCAACAACGGACUGGGACCAGUCGAUUUCGAACCGCCGACGUCCGAGGCGCCCUUUGGAUUCGUCUUGAUCCGUAAGCACAACAACGAAACGAUGGCCAUCAAUCUGGCAACGACGCGACUGCCCUCCGCCCAGGUGUUGAGGGAACUAUUUGGCAACGGCAGUGAGGCCAUCCGACGCAAUGCGCAGACCUUGGCGCUGCAAUGUGUUCUCGCCCUGGCUUGGGUCAAGGCGCAGGAUGCAGAGGGUAGGUUGGUGCUGCGCAGCCAUGGCUUCGAUGAGCUCGCCACAGCCAUGCUCAGCCAGCAGAUGGACGCCAUCUUGCAAGCGAGCUACGCUCUUCUGACCUCCAUGGAUCUUGACACGGUGGAUCCCCAGUACGUGCGUGAGGCCGUCGAAUCUUUGAGCAGGGACAAUCCUUGGCACAGUGGCAACGCAUCAAGUUCAGGUGACGAGGAUCCGGAUCCUGCAGACACAGAAGAAGUCUGGGACGCUGAGAGAGCUGAGCCAAGUCAAGGGUUGCGAGGUCUCCUAUACUACAUUGCCGAAGAUGACGCGAAGCGCAAAGCCUACGAGCAUCGAGGCAUUCGGUGCGAGGAGUGCGGCGAUUUCCCUAUCCAUGGUGUACGCUGGCAUUGUCUGAAUUGUCCCGACUUUGACCUGUGUUCGGCCUGCGAGGCCCAUACUCGACACCCCAAGACUCACGUGUUUGCAAAGAUCAAGAUACCAGUCCCCGUUCUGUCCCAGCCCACGGAGAAGAUGAAACCGUGGUAUCCUGGUGAUUCUAGAAAGAUUCACGCUUCUCUAUUCAUACAACUGAAGAAACAGUUGUGCCUCGAGUAUGAUUACGAGGAACCUCAGCUCGACGCAAUGUACGAUCAAUUCACGUGCUUAGCUAAUGUUCCCUGGGAGCAGGACCCAACCAAGAUCAAGUGCGCAAUCGACAGACGAGCAUUCAACAGAGCAAUGACUUCGGACCGCUGGCCAGCUGGGCUGGCUACGAAUGCCAUGUACGACCGCAUGUUUGCAUUCUAUGACACAGAUACGAAUGGUCUGAUUGGUUUCACCGAGUUCGUGAACGGCAUGGCGUACCUACGAGGUCCCAAGCGCUUCGCGUCGUUGAGAAGAACCAUACAAGGGUAUGAUCUCGAUGGAGAUGGAUAUGUUAGCAGGGCAGACUUUCUACGAAUCCUUCGUGCCAAGCACAUCAUUCAAACACAACUCAUCAGCGACCAAGUGGAGUUCCAAGAGGACGAGCGGGUACAGGCCAGCAUGGAUGUAUUACGAUCCAGUCAGCCCAUUAGCUCCAUCUUUGCGGAAGAGCAGAUACCUCCGGGAGAAAGGCGGCACCCACGUGGCAAGUAUCCUGACGAGUUUGGCGACUUGCAACCUUUGCCUACCACAAAAGCCGUUCUCAGUGAUGAAGACCCCUAUGUUCGGCGGUUACCUGCUCGUGAUCGUCUUCGGACAACAUUGUCGCGAUUUGAAGAGCAUAUUGGGCGUUCCACAAUGCAAGGCGACGACAGUCCCCGCGACGAGGAUGUGGAACAGCAAGUGGCAUUGUCCGUGCUUGCGCCAGUCGAGGAGGAGACCAUAGACCCAUACGUGCAAGACAUUCUGUGGCAGGUGGAGGAGAAUGGCUUCAACGAGCUCCUGGAUCCCCUGUUCAAGGAUCGAGAAGAAGAGGACUCCGAUGUUAUGAGGACUCGCGUGGAAAGAAUGUUGUGGGCUUCGGAAAUUGAAGAUGCUCUUGCCGCUAGAGAAGCGGGUUUGCUACCUCAGCCAGGUGCUGCGGCGGCGGCGGCGGCGGUCAAACAGUCCACUCCCACGAGCAAGCCAAGUGGCUUGGCGAGCACUGCCGUGGAGGUCCCACAGCGUACCGACGAAAUCAUUGCAGACCUAGCCAAUGCGAUAGACGGCAUCAGAUCUGGUUCUCAGGGCCCAACCACCGCUGCAGACAGCAUUGUACCAACAGACUGGCUCAGCCUCGAGAGACGAGAAGCCCAGAUUGCCGAGGCACCGCUGGAGGAUCUGUUGAACAGCCAAGGCUACGGGCUACGCGACAAUGCACACGAAGGAGCAGCGGCAUCAGAACCUCGGGUUGCAUCCUCUGACAGCUCGAGCAUCUGGAACGGAAUUCCCGCAGAUCGAGCAACAUCACCACUCAAGACGACAACCAUUAGUGAUAAUGACGAUCAUAAUCAUGACAACUCCAUGGAACCACCCCCAUUACCGCAGCGCCAAACACCACCAUCACCACCACCACCCCAACAAGAGAAGAAGACGACCGCUUCGGAACCCUCGCGCCUUUCCCAGCUACGACUCGAGCAACUCGUGCGCCUGCAUGACCUGGACGCGGAAAUCACUCGCCGUGGUGGACCGGGACGGCUGACGUAUGACGAAAUCGAAAAUUUGGUCGUCAAGAGUGGAAAUUCCGAGUUGAGGGGUUUGGUGAAGAGUUGGUUGGAGUGGGCUUGUUUUUGAUGAUGAUGAGAUACAAUGAGGAAUGAGAUGAUGCAUGGAGGAUGAGGAAAUUGAGAAACUUGAGGAACUUGAGAAUGGUGGUGGGAUGGAUGACGAAGCAUGGUGAUGGGCGGUAUUGUGGCAAUUGAAAAAUCACUGACUGCAUGGUUUUGAGGUUGUUGGGUCUUUUCUUAUCCAGUGACUUACUUACUUACCCUACCUUACUUACCUGGAGUAGAGUGAGGUAGUUGGAUAUGAUGGAUGCACUCAUCAUCGUCGUCGUUGUGGUCGUGGUCGAUUGAUACCUACCUUACUUACCU